AUGCAACUUACUCAUGUUGAGACUCAAAGCAUGAUUGACAUUGUCGAUGAUCACAACUAUUUAGCUCAUCUAUUAGAAUCAAUAUUUCAAAAUCAACUUGGUGUUUGGCUUGGACCUUUUCUAGUUCAAGAUAAACAUGUAUUUACAUUAUGCUUAUGGAUAUCAAUACGUGUUUAUCAAGCAAUAAAUGCUCAUAGUGGUUAUGAUUUACCAUAUAUAACUUCACAAUAUUAUUUUCCAUGA